AUCUCAAUAUGAUUUUACGAUAAAAUACAAUCCUGGAAAAUCAAAUCAAGAAGCAGACUGCCUAAGCAGGAAUCCUGUUUUAGAACCAAAUGAUAACACAGACGACAUCCUGGAAGUCGUAAAUCUUAUAAGUCUCGAAGACAUAAAAAAGGACCAAAAUGAGAACAUGUCCUUUAAAGAAAAAAAGAAAGACAUUGUAUUAAAAAAUGGCAUUUAUUACAAAAUGUUAAAAGGAAAAGACAAAAUACUAUUGUCUGAAAACCUCAGUAAAAUAUUGAUAAAAGAAAUACACGACACUUACUGUCAUUUAGGAAGAUCACAAAUGAUCAAUAAGAUAACUCCAUUUUAUUCAGCAACCAACAUGAUAAUGAAUAUAAAAAAAAUUUGUGAUAAUUGUUCUAUAUGUCAAAAGAACAAAUCAAGAAAAAAAUCAAAAUAUGGGUUCCUAUCACAUUUAGGCCCAGCUACCUACCCAUUCGAAAUUAUGUCCAUCGAUACCAUUGGUGGAUUUGGGGGUUCACGAUCAACAAAAAAAUAUUUACACCUUUUGGUUGAUCACUUUACUAGAUACGCUUAUAUUUUAACGUCGAAAAACCAAAACGCAAAUGACUUUAUAAAAUUAACAAUGAAAGUGACAGAAAGUAACGAUAUAGGAACAAUACUAACAGAUCAAUACCCUGGCAUAAAUUCAAAGGAGUAUAAAAAUUUUUUAAAGCAGAAGAACAUAAAAAUGAUUUUUACUGCCGUAGACGCCCCAUUUUCAAAUGGGCUUAAUGAAAGAUUAAAUCAAACUCUGGUAAAUAAAAUAAGAUGCAAAAUAAAUGAAAACGAGAAUAAAAAUACAUGGUCAUCAAUAGCUCAAGAAUGUGUUAGAAGAUACAAUGAAACGGAACACACGGUUACUGGAUUUGCGCCGAAAUACUUAAUGGAAGGUGAAAGUGUCAAUAUUUUGCCCCACGAAUUGAAGACAAAUUGUACGAAGGAAGAUCUAGGAAGAGAUCGACAAUUGGCAUAUGAAAACACCAAAAAGUCCCACAAUCAAAAUGCAGAACGAUACAACAAACACAGGAAAGAAAUUACAUUGAAUGCUGGGGACUUGGUAUAUGUGGAAAAUGGAAACCGCCUCAAUAGGAAAAAGCUGGACGAAAUAAGAAUCGGACCAUACAAAAUACUAAAGAGAAUCUCAAAUUCAAUCUAUGAGGUUGAUACCGGACACAAGAAAACAGAAUCAAACCUUUUUCAUAUAACAAAAAUAAUUCCGGUGGCUGACGAUACGACUUGACGAACAAUCACAUAUAUGUUAUGUGUUUGUUCUCCUUCGGGGGGGGGAGAUAUAAAGAAAAUAACGACUCCCAUUUGUGUGAGACGUGGUCAUCUUUAUGUUUGAAUUUGCCGCGUUUCGCACAGACUCGGGUUAUCGAUGGACAUGACAUAUUAUAUGACAUAACAACAUGAAUACUCGUUGGUCGGGAUUCUAACCUAAAAGUAUCGAAGAUUGAAGUUUUCAAUUAUUGGUUUGAAGGUUAUUGAUUUUAAUAGAAAAUAAUAAGUAAAUCACCUGGAGUAAAAACUUUUAAUGUUGUUUUCUGUUUUUAUUGCAGAAACCCAACUGAGUUUUUAUUUCGAGAAGGAGUGUUAUAUAAUAACUUUAUUACAAA